AUGUUGUACUUAGAAGAUUAUUUAGAAAUGAUUGAACAUCUUCCUCAAGAAUUGAGAGACAGAUUUACCGAAAUGCGUGAAAUGGAUCUAUCUGUACAAAAUAAUAUGGACACUUUAGAGAAAAGAGUUCGAACUCUAUUUGGUGGAUGUCGUCGAGGCGACAUAAAUACUGAACAAGCAGAUACAGAGUUUUCUGAUAUCAAGAAAGGAUACAAUAAAACAUUGGAAGAAGCAGAUGAAAAAGUUACUUUAGCUAAUCAGAUGUAUGAUCUUGUUGAUAGAUAUCUACGGAGGCUUGAUACGGAAUUGCAUAAGUUUAAGUGUGAAUUGGAGGCAGAUAACAAAGGCAUAACAGAACUCUUAGAAAAGAGAUCACUAGAUCUUGAUACUAAUACCAAUCACACAACUUCAUCAAGUAAUAAUCAUUAUAAGGAGAGCAGAUACCGUAUUAGGGCGGAUAAGCGUCGCGAAAGUUGGACUAAUAGGGAGGCUCGAUCCCACACUACUAACGGAAACUUAUCCCGGACAGAUUCUGCCAUACAGGCUGCAUUGGGUCGUGAUUCUUACUCAUUGGGGCAUGCAGGCAGUGCGAUAGCAGCAGCAGCCAGCCAAGCUAUUGCAGCAACACAGCAGAUGCAGCAGGGUCGGCGGACAGCAUCGUUGAAAGCGUCGUACGAAGCCGUCGCCGGUGACCUUUCUCAUCAUUCCCUUCACCCCGCGCAUCAUUCCACCCAUCACGACCACGGUGCCGGUUCAGUCGUGUCUGGGGUUCACGGACAGAGUUCGGUUCACUCGCACCACACCACUGCGCAUACGCCCCACUCUUCCUCCUCCUCUAACAAGCGGCAUAAGCAGAAGAAGAGCAGUUAUUCAUCAAGCGGAUCAACCCUGCAUGCACAGCAGGCCGUGCUUGCUGCAAGUCGGUCAUCAUCUCCGACCCUUGUUGCUAUGAAUAAUACGGUGAACAAAACUGUGAUAGAAGAGCCGAUGGAGGAGGAAUGGGCCUACGACCCGAACGAACCACGCUACUGCAUCUGCAACCAGGUCUCCUAUGGCGAUAUGGUGGCCUGUGACAAUCACGAUUGUCCGUACGAAUGGUUCCACUACCCGUGUGUGGGGAUAACAGCGCCACCAAAAGGCAAGUGGUACUGCCCACAAUGUCACACCAACAUGCGCCGCAACCGAGCACAUCGCAAGAACUAA